UGGGGGGUGGGGGAGGCCGCCCAGCGCCGAAGCAGGGGCCCCGGCCGAGGGCGCGGCGGGGCUACGCGCACGCUGGGGCGCGUGGAGGGGCGCGGAGGGCGAUAUGAGUCUGGUGGGGGGCUUCCCCCACCACCCGGUGGUGCACCAUGAGGGCUAUCCGUUCGCCGCCGCUGCCGCCGCCGCCGCUGCCGCCGCCGCCAGCCGCUGCAGCCACGAGGAGAACCCCUACUUCCAUGGCUGGCUCAUCGGCCACCCCGAGAUGUCGCCCCCCGACUAUAGCAUGGCCCUGUCCUACAGCCCCGAGUACGCCAGCGGCGCCGCCGGCCUGGACCACUCCCAUUACGGGGGGGUGCCGCCGGGCGCCGGGCCCCCGGGCCUAGGGGGGCCGCGCCCGGUGAAGCGCCGGGGCACCGCUAACCGCAAGGAGCGGCGCAGGACUCAGAGCAUCAACAGCGCCUUCGCCGAACUGCGAGAGUGUAUCCCCAACGUGCCCGCGGACACCAAACUCUCCAAGAUCAAGACGCUGCGCCUGGCCACCAGCUACAUCGCCUACCUCAUGGACCUGCUGGCCAAGGACGACCAGAAUGGCGAGGCGGAGGCCUUCAAGGCGGAGAUCAAGAAGACAGAUGUGAAAGAAGAGAAGAGGAAGAAGGAGCUGAACGAAAUCUUGAAAAGCACAGUGAGCAGCAACGACAAGAAAACCAAAGGCCGGACGGGCUGGCCGCAGCACGUCUGGGCCCUGGAGCUCAAGCAGUGAGGAAGAGAAGGAGGAGGAGAGCGCGCGUGAGCCAGGGCCCAGGAGCCGGAAGCAGACCCAGGACUCCGGGCAAGCUCUCCAAGCUCCGCUCUGAGGACUUCUUGCAUUUGGAAUCAUCCGGUUUAUUUAUGUGCAAUUUGCCUCCCCUCUUUUUGCCCCCCUUUGAGGCAUCCGCUCCCCAUCUCCCCCACCAAAAAAAAAAAA